AUGCGGGAUACGGGGACUUCCUGCCAUUCCCUGUUUCUACGGGCCACUGGUCGACACUAUAUUGGUGGUGGUUCCUUUAGACCUGCCUUGAAUAUUAAUCGUCUCCUGAAGCUCCUUGCAGAGCUGCCAGUGUCGGACGCGUCUCCCCUAGUCUCCGACAAAGGCAAGAAACGAGUCGCCCCGAACAUACUCUCCAGGUUUCCUAAUACUAAGCGACGAAAGCUAGAGCCAGGUUCUGACAAGGAGAAUGGCGUCGCUUACCCUUCUGUUCACCCCUACGCGCCACCUUUAGAGGGAAACACACGUACUCCUAUCCUUCGCCAUGCCUUUGAAAUACAAUAUACGACCGAUUAUCCCACCCACCUUUUGAAGGAUCAUUUCAGUGAUGAUGCUGAAUGGAUUCGUGAAGAGGACGAGCUGCGUGACGUCCUGCAAGGCCUUGGAGAGCACAUUCAAGAGCCCCGAGAGUUAGAUUUGGGCCAUGUGAUCAUCGAUAAAUAUCACGGAAAACUUAUAGGUCUCUCUGAGGAAUAUCAAGAAGAUAGAGGGGGAUGGCUAUUCAUGUUGCCCACCGUCGGAGCUACUCAGGAUGCUGAUCCUCAUUCGUUCAAGACUGACAUCCUCGAGUUGGCGAAUUCCUUGAAGACAUAUGGGCGGGCGUCUGUAGACGCCUCUCUUAGACUCACUGUCUUGCCUUCCGGUGUUUGCGACCCGAAGGACCUUCCUUUUCGGCUACAUGUGAACGUAACCGUUUUUAUACUCACCCCAGGUAUAUUUAAUCCGUUUGGAGGUUAUAAGGUUGCGACCAGGAAAAAACAGCUCUUGUGCUUCGCGUAUCCCAAGCCUCCGCCGUCGACAUUCCAGGGUGUAGUGUCUAUUCCCUUUUUUUAUUCGAUCCUUGGACCCGCCCCUGCCCUUCCGUCUGACCGUGCGAUAAAGGCUGUGCAGCCUGAAGAGCUACUUCCAACACUCCUUCCCUUCCAGAGGCGGAGCGUUGCCUGGCUUCUAGAGCGGGAAGGCAAGACUGUCACGCCUUCUGGGGAUAUCAUUUCAAAGUCCAAUACAUCCGAAUACUCCUUCUGGGAGACCAUUCAAGCAGGGGAUGAGUCUUUACAGUUUAAUCGCUUGACCGGGCAAGUCAUUCCCACUCCCGAGACUGUAAAAGAUUCCGGGCCUGUAUUCGGCGGCAUUCUAGCAGAAGAACCAGGUCUAGGCAAAACUUUAGAAAUCAUUUCGUUGAUUCUAUUGAACCCCGCUCCGCCGGACCGAAACCCAGCUCAACAAGUUAGAUGGGACCCUAUGGCAAAGCUCGAAGUAAAGGCCAUCAAGACUACCCUUAUCGUUACUCCACCAGCACUUGCAUCCCAAUGGAUCGACGAGCUUGCCACACACGCACCUACACUGAAAGUGCUCGAGUACAAUGGAUGGGCCAAGGUUCCUGUCCCUAUCAACGCUUCUCAGGUUGACGAGGAACACGCUAGGAGAAACAAAAUUAACAAGAAACGCAGCAAAAAAGGACAAGCAUUAGAGCCCACUGAUGACAUCGUAGAUUGGUGCACAUGGGUGAACACUUUCGACGUUGUGGUAACCACUUACAACGUUUUGAAAACUGAUUUUAACGUUGCUCGGGCGGCACCUGUUCGACCUAGGCGUCAGGAUGUGGUUUACUCAAACGUUGAGCGUCCACGCAGCCCCUUGGUGAUGUGUGAGUGGCAACGAGUCGUCAUGGACGAAGUACAGAUGGUUGGAGGGGGGAAAACCGAAGACAUGGUUUCGUAUAUUCCCCGACUGUCUUCUUUUGCCGUAUCUGGUACUCCUGCUCGUACCCAUGUUCAAGAUUUGAUACAUGUUCUCAAAUUUCUUCGUGUGGAUAAUGCCGUUGGAUCUACACGUCUGUGGAAUCGUCUUAUAGAGCCUUCCUAUGCUGGAGAGCUUGCUGAAUUUUUCCGUCACUAUACGAUCAGGACCAUGAAGUCAACCUUGGAAGCGGAGUUGACUAUACCACAACAAACUCGCUAUCUUGUUAGCAUUGAGAUGGGCCGCAUUGAGCGCCACGUGUAUGAUCAAACUCUUGAGGCUAUUCUACAAGAACUUGGUCUUGAUGCCCGUGGCGUGGCAGCGUCGGCCGGGUGGGAAACAGACGGAACGGUUCUACGGUCCUCACUCCGCCGACUUCGAGGAAUAUGCACCCAUCCCCAAGUCGGACAGCUUCAGCGACAGAACGACAAACUAUUCAAACCAGGCGCCUUGAAGACGAUCGAGGAGGUUUUGCAUACCAUGCAAGAUCAAAAUUGGAGAAAUGUUAUGGACGACUUCAAGUCUAAGGCGCAAGCUAUUGUCAUGCUCGCUCAACUGAAACAACACGACAAGGGUGAUCACACCCGUUAUCAUCGCGCCUUGGAGCUUCUUCUAACUGCAGAAAAUGAGGUAAACAAGUUGAUUGACGAAAUAGAAUCAGCCAUCAAAGACCACGAUGCGAAGGGCGACGUCUUGAAAAAGGAAGCAGCUGCCCGUAGAGCCUCUCAACCAGAAUUACCUAGUCGAAAAGGAAAAGAACGGGAGCUAUCAUGGACUCCAUCCGAGGAUACAGAUGACGACGGUCUUCCCGAUACCCCUGCUGGAGAAGAACAUGGAGUAAAGCGCCGUGCCCUUCAACAGCGUCUUCGCGAGUCACUUAUGGUUCUGCAUCGUGUCAAAUUCUUGCAAGGUGACGUCUACCACGUGCUGGGAGAUUCUUUCUCUGCAGAAGAGUCAGCUGCAUACACACUGUGUGAGGAGAUGCGAUGCAACCUCUUGAAAAGUACGGAAGACGAGGCCAAUCGCGGGAUGGCCCAGUUAGAUGUGGAUGCUACUAAGCAUGGAAUCGACGAAGAUACUUUGACAAUUCCUCUUCCAUACCUAGAGGAAGGGGGAAUACGUUCCAGAGACACUGUCGACCAACUCCAUGAAAUCAUCAAAGGCGUUCUCAACGUUCAAUCGGUCUUACUGUGGGAAUGGAGGACCCAACUUCACAAGUUACUUACGCAGAAGUUGUCGGCUUCUGAGAAUGAAGCAGACGGUGAAGAAUAUCAGCGUAGUCUCGACGAUCAAGGAGAGGCAGAGACCUAUCUCCAAGCGUACACUGCACUUCUUGCAGAUCGUCGGGAAGCUCUUGUAAAUGAACGAACUUUACUGGCAGUACAUAACGCAAGAGAGACAAAAUAUCGUCAGACGAGAACGGCGGUCAAAGCUACCGCUGAGACAGCUGAUAAUGCUUCAGGAAUGUUGAGCGAUAUUGAAUUGCAGCCCGAGCACGAAGUGCUGCACCGGGAUCUGACUGAACAGCGCAAAAAGUUGCUACAGGAACUUGACGCUCGGUCAGUAAAAUCGAUCUUGGUAGACCUUACCGCGGCUAUGUCUAGGAUCAAUCGCGAUUCGGAUCCGGAGAAGACACUGUUAAAACAUGCCAUUGCUGACGUUCGCCGACUCAUCACAGAACAAGGUGCGAAUCUUGACAAGCUCGAUACUGAUCUCGCCUUGUUCCGAAAAGCUUUCAAUCAAAGAAUCCUGUAUUUCCGUCAACUGCAGGAAAUCUCUGAUUCUGUAACCCAGGUUACAUGGGAGAAGACCGUCGGCGAAGCUAUCCAAGAGUGUGAAGCCGAAAGGGCGAGAUUGGAAGACAGGCUAAAGACAAGUCGAGCACGUCAGCGGUAUCUUGAUAACCUUGCCAAGGACAGAGACGAAGCUAAGGAUAUAGACGACGAGUGUGUUCUCUGUGGAUGUGAAUUCGAGCGUGGCUUUAUCACUGUUUGUGCACAUGUAUUCUGCGAAGGCUGUAUGAAAGCCUGGUUACAGCGUAGAGAAGGCAAGGCGUGUCCAGUAUGCAGAGUACCCGUCGACCCGAAGAACAUGCAAAAGUUUGCAGUAAGCGGACCUGAGAAUCCUGCGCUAGGCCGAAUUGUUAACGGCGAGGUGGUUCCCCAUUCUCGUCGAAAAAUUGAGUACAACAUGAUUGAUCCAGAGCUAUUCGACUCUAUCGAACACAUGGAAUGCUUUGGCGACUAUGGUAGGAAGAUCCAAACUCUCGUCCGACAUCUCUUGUACUUGCAAGAGAAUGACCCUGGAUCCAAAUCUAUUGUCUUUUCUGCGUGGGAAGAUUCAUUACACAUAUUGCAACGUGCUCUUACAGACAACGGCAAAAUUGACCAGGGGCGGACGAAGGGUAAUGGUGCAUCAAAGAGGUUCAAGUCCGAUCCUGAUAUUCGUGUUUUGCUCUUACACGGUGAGCGAGAAAACGCCGGAUUGAAUAUUACUUGUGCGUCAAGAGUCUUCUUGUUGGAAAGCGUUGUACACCACGGCUUCGAAGUUCAAGCAAUCGCCCGAAUUGAUCGUUUAGGACAGACCCGACCUACGGAAGUCUACUGUUACUACGCUGAAGAUACUGUCGAGAGGAACAUCCUUGAUUUGGCUGCUCGUCGAGGGCUAUCACUUUAUACCAAAGGGAAUUCGGCCGGUACCCUGAACGCCACUACUUUUGACGUCGCUGGUGGCGAUAAAGACAUUGACUCUCCUUCAAAGAAGAAGCACGCCCUGAAAGGAGAUUUUAUAUCUAAGAUCGAUGAUAUGCUGGCGAUUCUUUUCCCACAUAUGUAUGAAGAUGUCGAAUAUUUACUGCCUCCUAACGAGGACGUGCGUAUGGAGGAUGGUGCUGGACAGGUGAAUGCUGUUGCAGGUCCUUCUAGGCUGAGGUGA